UAAAGUAGAAGAGGCGUCAGUGUUACGUCAGUGCGUGCACUCCGCGCAGCAGGAGGCGGCGAGCUUGCUGGCCGACAAGCAAGAGCUUUUGGAAGCCAUGCGUAUUUUACAGGAGCAGUUAGGUGGUUGUCGCGGCAAGAGAUAAGCGUCGCGAGGCGGUCCGCCGCAGGGCUGCCUCGACUGCACCGCCUGCUGCGGGGACCAGCAGACUUAGACGGUAUAUACUAUACUAGGUAAUGUUGUGACUACCCUACUCGUUCAUGAAUGUUGAAAGCUUUGAUGGGAAUUGUUGUUUGACGUGCUUGGACGAUGUUAUCUUUGAAUAAUCCGAAGUUUUGUCUAAGGGCAGCUUGUGACUGGUUCAGUAAACUUUUCAGAAGA